ACACACCCAAGAGUAUAGAUCUUGUUUGCUGGUUUCAAGAAAUACGUAACCUGAGAACAAGCAUGGCAAAGGCUCUCAAGCUACUCCUCCAGCAUAGAAAACAAGUCCAAAUCCAGAAACACAGAAAUAAGACAACACAACCAUCAAUUUGCAAAAAAGAAAAUGAUAGACUCAUUUCUCAACAGAAAGCCAACAUAUAUAAAGAUGGACAAGCUGCUUCCUAA